GAUCUUCGAUUUUGCUGAUGAUAUCGAGUUCGUCAUAUAUCGAUAUUGUAGCAAAAGGAAGCUAGUUCCUAAGUGGCGAUAGUGUGCACAUUUGCAUCUCAAACCCAAACAACUCAAGUUUGUUUACUAAAGAAACCCGCGAAAUUAUCGAGACUAUAAGUAAAUGGCACAGAACUCUAAAAAUGUUGAGCUUAAACUCCAAGACGUUGACGUCUUAACUACAGGAAUCGUUGCGGAGUUUGUAAUUAACAUACUCGACUUCCUUUUAUUCCAUCGUAGUCAAAUUCCGUUCGUGUAUAAAACAUACAAAUAUUAUGUGAACAAAUGGGAUGAUGAUGCUCAAAAUGAAAAUAAACAGGAAUCGUUUAAGCACUAUCAACUACAAAAACAACGAUCCUUGGCUAAGCAGACCAAGGAUGCCAUCAGCAAUAUGCGAGAACUAAUACGACGAACGUUCAGGAGCAACAAUACCGUCAAAAGUUUGCGAUUUCUAUUUGGAAGUAAUAGAUUUAUGCCAUCAGAGUCGUACACAAUACACAUACCUCACGCAUCCAUAUCAAAAUACCACGGUGACCUGCACUCGAUGCCAGAUGGGCCUAUGAAUCAAACGCUUCUGCAGCUGCUCACAUGCGAGGAGCUCUACACGUUGUGGUCAACAGAGCUGAAGACUACGAAUGUGUUUCUGGAACUGGAACUAUUUACAAAUGAGCAAGAUCAACAGGUGGAGACUUGGAAACUGUUUCCUAAGGAUGUUGUCAGUCAGUUGCCCCGAAGUUGUAAAAAUGUUCAUUUGCAUUUGUUGCAUGAGACGGACAAAUCUGAGUUGCAAUGCUGCAAGGAAUUGACUAUUUAUGAAGAUAUCGCCAUUUUGAAUUUAAAUUCAACAGAUGCCAAGGUCGAAGAGUUCAUUAAAGAGACAGAAGAAAGGACUGGGUGGUGGCAAGCCGAUGUAAUAGUUCGUGGAUUUAAGGCACCAAAAUUCGACUUGUGGUCAAGUUGAAUUUUUUUAAUAUAUAGAAUUUGAAUAAAUUUGU